AUUGAACUGUACAGCUGCAGUCACCUGAUUAGUUCUGUCGCUAACAAGGAAAAAUGGCUGCCCACCUAUCGUACGGAAGAGUCAAUUUAAACAUUUUGAGAGAAGCAGCAAGAAAAGAGCUUCGAGAGUUUUUGGACAAAUGUGCGGGAAGCAAGGCCAUUGUCUGGGAUGAAUAUCUGACUGGGCCUUUUGGACUGAUAGCUCAGUACUCUCUAUUAAAGGAACAUGAAGUGGAAAAGAUGUUCACCCUCAAGAGUGGCAGGCUCCCCUCUGCUGAUGUCAAAAAUAUCAUCUUCUUUGUCCGUCCCAGACUAGAGCUUAUGGACAUCAUUGCUGAGAAUGUAUUUAGUGAGGAUAAGCUGCAUUCGUCACGAGACUUCCACAUUUUGUUUGUGCCACGGCGGAGCAUGCUGUGUGAACAGCGGCUGAAGGAGCAGGGUGUGCUGGGUUCGUUCAUCAACAUUGAUGAGUAUAUCCUGGACCUGAUUCCCUAUGAUGGUGACCUGCUCUCCAUGGAAUAUGAAAGUGCUUUUAGGGAGUGCUACCUAGAAAAUGACCAAACAAGCCUUUACCACACAGCCAAAGGCCUCAUGACCUUACAGGCGCUGUAUGGCACCAUUCCACAGAUAUAUGGGAAGGGAGAAUGUGCUCGGCAUGUUGCCAACAUGAUGCUGAGGAUGAAGAGGGAGUUUGCCGGCAGUCAGAAUCAGAUCCUGCCCGUGUUCGAUACUCUCCUCCUCCUGGACCGUAACGUUGACCUGCUCACCCCUCUGGCCACACAGCUCACCUACGAGGGUCUCAUUGACGAGAUCUAUGGAAUCACUAAUGGUUAUGUCAAGUUGCCCCCUGAGAAGUUUGCGCAGAAAAAGCAAGGUGAAGCAAGUAAAGAUUUGCCCACAGAGCCCAAGAAGUUACAGCUCAACUCAGCAGAGGAACUGUAUGCAGAAAUCAGGGACAAAAAUUUUAAUGCUGUCGGAGCAGCGCUCAGCAAGAAGGCCAAAAUUAUUUCUGCUGCCUUUGAGGAACGCCAUAAUGCCAAAACAGUGGGAGAAAUAAAGCAGUUUGUGUCUCAGUUGCCUCAUAUGCAGGCAGCACGAAGCUCACUGGCUAACCAUACCUCUAUAGCAGAGCUGAUCAAGGACAUCACCACAUCUGAGGCCUUCUUUGAUAAUCUAACAGUGGAGCAGGAGUUUAUGACUGGAGUCGACACAGACAAGGUGAACACGUAUAUAGAGGACAGCAUUGCCCAAAAGGAUCCACUGAUCAAGAUUCUGCGUCUGGUGUGUAUGCAGUCAGUCUGCAACAACGGCCUUAAGCAGAAAGUGUUUGACUUCUACAAGAGGGAGAUUCUACAGACCUACGGUUAUGAACACAUACUAACACUGAACAACCUAGAGAAGGCGGGUCUUCUGAAGGCACAGACAAGCUCAAGGAAUAACUACCCCACUAUUAGGAAAACCCUUAAACUGUGGAUGGAGGAUGCCAAUGAACAGAACCCCAACGACAUCUCCUACGUGUACAGUGGCUACGCUCCUCUAAGCAUCCGACUGACACAGGUACUGGCCAGGCCCGGGUGGCGUAGCAUCGAAGAGGUGCUGAAGAUGCUUCCAGGCCCACACUUUGAGGAGAGACAACAGCUGCCCGCUGGGCUUCAUAAGAAACGCCAGCAGGGGGAGAAUCGGACAACGCUAGUGUUCUUCCUCGGUGGUGUGACGUAUGCAGAAAUAGCCGCUCUUCGUUUCCUCUCUCAAAUGGAAGACAGCGGGAUGGAGUACAUUAUAGCCACCACAAAACUCAUAAACGGUACAACUUGGAUCAAAUCCCUCAUGGACCGACCUGAAUCUCAGACCCCCUAAGUCACCUGCAUGUACACCUGGCCACAUCAAACACCCCAUCCAUCAGAAAACCACAGCUGCUGUUUUUAUGUCCCUAUCAGUGAACUGCAGGUGUUUCAUUGAUGUCUCUGCUGGAUAAACAGCAACAGGCUCUUUAAAGGUGCCCUGUGGAGUUUUUUUGUGAACAAAGUUAUGUUUUCAUUCUGUUACUAACUAAAACACACUGUGUGUAUCUCUGAGGCCCUGCAAAUAUGUUGAAUGCAUUUUCUUCUUCAUUGCAUUUGCAAACCUUUUUUUUUUUUUUAUAUUUUAUAUUGUGCAUUGUUACACUCAUGUUUGUCACUCGCCUUUAUAGAUGGUUUACUGCACUUCUUCGUAUGUUGGCACCACCACCUGUCGAUCAGUGGAAUAGUGUGAAACCAGCAGCAGGAAUGUGAUUUGUGUUGUGGUCUCAUGCAUGUUCAUGAUACAAACAAAAUACUGACCCACUUGUAAAAUCAUUCCUCC